AUGGCCAAGUACAUGAGGUGGCAUCACAAUCAUCCCGGCAAGGAGUUGCGACGAAUGGAAUUCUGCACGAGGCACAACGUGGGAGAACGGACGUCACUGGGAGGAACGUCGAAGAAGUCAGGGAAUCGAUGGGGCUCAGCCCAACACAAGGCGCUAGGCCCGGUCGGUGCAGAAAGCCCCCAGCGUGGCUGA